CGCACACUGCUACUGGCAACAGAGCUGACAAACCUCGUUUAGCUUACUAACUGGUAUCUUUUCUUAGUCUCCCCAGGUAUAUCUUUGAUCUCUACUCCUAUUGCGAAAGAGAUGAGACGAAGUUCGCAAUAAUCUGUGGUAUCGCUCGCACUAUCUAGGCUCAGAACGACGUGCACAUCUUUUACUCAUCAAGCGUCAAGGGUCGUUGCCGCUCUGGUUUUGGCAUAUUUAUACUACGCUGCCUUCACGUUCUCUUGCACAAUCUUCCCUCUCCAAACUUCCACAGUUGACGUUCCACGCGUAGCCAAGAUGUCCACUCAGAAAGCACUAUAUCUCCUCGAGCCGAAGGGUCAGUACGCCGUGCAGGAGCGCGAUAUCCAGGAGCCUGGCCCUGGCGAGGUCCUCGUCGAGAUUCAUGCCACCGCUCUUAACCCGUCGACUGGAAGAUUCAGGUAUUCAACCUGCUCAUCGAGGACUACCCUGCCAUUCUCGGUACAGACUCCGCAGGCAUCAUUAAGAAGGUCGGUGAGGGAGUGACCAACUUCGCAGUUGGCGACAGGGUGUAAGUGCGCUGUAUGUAUGUGCAAUAUCCAAAUACUUACAGCUACUAGACUCCACCAGGGAUUUUUCGACAACCGCCAUGCUACGUUCCAGCAGUACACCGUUGUGCCCGCAGAAAUCGUCGCUA